AUGGCAUUUCGUCUCCCCAUGAGAGCUCAGUCAGUCGGAAGUUCGGAAUUUUAUGCAGAGAGAACGGCCGAAGAACCUCACCCUCACACAAACAUUAAAAAUGCUCAGACCACCGUCACGUUGGUGUACCAAACCAAUAUACUAGGCUAUUGGCGUAGUGUAACGAUUUUGUGGAGCAAGAACCUUAUGAAUCAUUCUCUCAGCAUUAUGGUCAAUAGCAUGGAAGGAGAUUUUCAUUACACUUGCAAGAUUGAUCUUAAACCUUGGCAUUUCUGGAGCAAAAAAGGGUACAAAUCCUUUGAGGUUGAAGGAAACCAGGUGGAUGUUCACUGGGAUCUUCGUUCGGCUAAAUUCACCAAUGGCCCUGAACCAGUAGCAGAUUAUUAUGUCGCGCUGGUUGCUGAUGAAGAGGUGGUAUUGUUGUUGGGAGAUUACAAAAAAAAAGCAUACAAGAGAACAAAAUCGAGACCAGCCUUGGUUGAACCUCUCCUAUUUUACAAAAGGGAAAACGUGUUUGCGAAGAAGAGUUUUGCGACCAGAGCUAGAUUCGAUGAAAGAAGAAAAGAACACGACAUUGUGGUUGAGAGUUCAAUAACUGGAUUAAAAGACCCUGAAAUGUGGAUUAGCCUGGAUGGGGUUGUGUUGGUUCACGUUAGGAAUUUGCAUUGGAAAUUCAGAGGUAACCAGACUGUUUUGGUAGAUAGGCAGCCGGUGCAAGUGCUCUGGGAUGUGCAUGACUGGUUGUUUAGCAGCCAUGGAACGGGCCAUGGCUUGUUUAUAUUCAAGCCCACCGCGGCUGAAGCAGACAGUGACAGAGAGGGCAGUAGCCACGAAGGAGAAAGUGACACCAGCACCGGAAGCAGGUAUUUUUCUACUAGAAGCCCCACCACGACAUCCGAAUUCAUUCUGUUUCUUUAUGCAUGGAGAAUUGAGUGAGAUUCGAUCUGCAAUGUCCAUAAAAGAAGCCCUUUACAGGCAAUUUUCAUGCAUGUAUAUUAAGUAUUGUAAAUUAUACUCUUAAAAUUUCUUAAAAAUUUGAAGUUA